AUGGGUUCCAUCUCUCCAAACUUGGCCGAGCUUGACGGCUCCAACUUCAACAUCACCCGAUCCACUCAAUUGCGCGAUGUCCCACUACCCGGUUCUCCUGAGGAACUAAGCCACUCGCACUGUACUGACCAUAUGGUCACUGUGCGAUGGACUAACACCAAUGGCUGGGAGACACCUGAGGUCAAGCCGUACCAGAACCUGAGUAUCCCACCGACAGCUACAUGCCUUCACUACGCCACCGAGUGUUUCGAGGGCCUGAAGGUUUACCGUGGCUACGACGGCAAGCUGCGCCUUUUCCGACCAGACCUCAACGGCCAGCGUCUGAGCGGCAGCGCGCAAAGAUCUUCUCUCCCCAGCUUCAAGUUCGACGAACUAAAGAAGCUGAUCGCCAAAUUGAUGCAAAUUGACGGCUCACGCUGGCUACCGAAGGAACGCCCCGGUUCAUUCCUCUAUAUCCGUCCUACAAUGAUUGGCAAUGGUCCCCACCUCGGCGUCCAGGUCCCCAAGGAAGCCCUCCUAUACAUUAUUGCCGUCCCCUGGCCCGAUUUCACAAAGAUGAAGAAGGAAGGCCAGACCGAGCCUUCGAAGGGUCUGAGACUGUACGGCUCGAACCCUGAUACCAUCCGCGCCUGGCCUGGCGGUUUCGGGUAUGCUAAGCUCGGUGCCAACUAUGGCCCUUCGUUGCAAGCGCAUGGACAGGCACAGGCAUUGGGAUUUGACCAGAUUCUAUGGCUAUUCGGUGAGGAUCGGCAGGUGACUGAGGCGGGUGCGAGUAACUUCUUCAUUAUCAUGCACAAUGCCGAUACGGGCAAAUUGGAGCUUGUAACCGCUCCUUUGGAGAACCAGCUGAUUUUGCCUGGUAUCACCCGCCGCAGUGUUUUGGAGUUGGUUUCUGAGAAGCUUUCUAAGAAUGCUGUUGGUUCGCUGGAGCCGCUGCAGGUUGUGGAGCGGACUUUGACUAUUGGGGAGAUUGAGAAGGCUGCGGCUGAGGGUCGAAUUGUUGAGUCGUUUGUCUCCGGCACUGCUUAUUUUAUCACUCCAGUUGCUAUGAUCCGCAAUAUCGAUACUGAUAUCAGCACCUUGGGUCCUGAUGGUCAGUCCGCGGGCUAUGCUGCGCAGAUUAAGUCGUGGUUGGAGGCUAUCAUGUAUGGCAAGGAGGAGCAUGAAUGGGCUUAUGUGAUAGAGGGCGAGGAAAAGCAGGUGUCUCUCUAA